AUGUUUGCAUCCACUCCUAAAAUUAAAACAUAUUAGUCAUUACUUUAAAACUCUCUUUAACAUAAACCAAUCUAAUAACCAAUUUUUGCAGAAUUGACACCCUCUACACCUUAAAAGUUUAAUAUGUUAAAGAAUGUCAAAGUAGUCAAUGUUCCAUCAUAACCAACUGAGAAUAGUUUCAGAUCCAGUAAUGCUAAAAGAAUAUUAACACAAGAUAGUCCAUAAAUAAAUAAGGAGAAUUCUAAUUUUAGAAAUGAUUAAUCCUAAACCUAAAUUGAAAUUUAACUUAAACAUUACAUGUAAGAGAAUAAAAAACUUUCUGAUUUGGUUUCUAAAUUAACAAAAGAAAAACAAGGACUACUUGAUUAAAUUGAAAAUACAGAUUUCAAUGUUAUUAAAUAAAGAGUAGAAAGAUUAGAAUCUGUCAUUGAUCAUUAAACACAUGAAAUUGAAGAUUGGAAAAAUAAAUAUAAAGAUGUUUGUUAAACUGAUCAAACCACAUCUAUUAUUUAAAAUAUGGUAUUUUUAUUACAUAAUAUAAGGAAACCUAAAUAACAUAAUUAGUUAAAGAAAAUGAAAGAUUAAACAAAAUUAAUUUAAGUUAAAUUCAAAAAAUUGAAAGUUUAGAAUAAAUAAUCAAAGAUCUAGAAUACAAAGUAACUGAUUAAAACAAUUAAAUUAUUGCUUAUGAAGAAGAAAGAAUCAAUUAUUAAGAAUAACCAAAUCAUGCAAUUAAUUAUAAUUUGUUAGAAUACAUAUAACUUAUCGAGAAAGUAUGAUAAAUAGAUUUAGUAAUAGAAUAUCAAAGAUCUAUCUUAAUUUGAACAUGAUAAUUAAUAGAAAUAUGAGAAUUUAUAAGAAGAAUUUAACACUCUUAAUACUAAAAUGAAUUAGAUGAACUUAUAAACUUUUAAUGUAGAUUAAAUUACAAAUAUCUUAAAUGAUAUGAAAAAUAAUUUUAACAACUAGAAAAAAGUAUGA